GCUGCAAAGGUUACUAGUCCCCUGCAAUAACAUCAGAUCUAUAUUCUAUACCAAAAGCGCGAUCUCCCUCCUCCCCCAACACGGGCUUCAGGUCGGUUCACUUCAUCGUAGACUCGUUGUUGGUUGGUGGCGGGUUUACAGACACCGGUAGCUAUAGCACUUUGCAAAAUAGAGCGAGCUCCUGAGCGAGGGGAACAACGACCAUGGAUGAUGAUGUUUCAGUACAAGGUGAGGGAAACGGAAACAAGUAUCAUCCUUUUGAAAUUGCCGAUGGGUCUUCUGAGGCGACAGAAUUCUCGCAUUCUGGCGAUGAUGGAUCUAAUUCGUUCGGUAAUCACGAAUCAGUGCCUCCUAGAUCCAAGAAUUCUGUAUCCACUGCUGACAUUUUGAAGACUUUGUUCUUUAUACUUGUAUGGUACGCGUUCAGCACAUUUUUGACCUUGUAUAAUAAAACUUUGUUAGGGGAUGAUUUGGGGAAAUUUCCAGCUCCAUUAAUGAUGAAUACUGUACACUUUGUAAUGCAAGCCGUUUUGUCUACUGGAAUCACAUGGUUUUGGUCCCAUAGAUUCCAACCUGCAGUUCCUAUGUCAUGGAGGGAUUACUUUACGAAAGUUGUACCAACAGCUCUUGGAACAGCACUGGAUAUCAACUUGAGUAAUGCAUCCCUUGUCUUUAUCUCUGUGACAUUUGCCACAAUGUGCAAAUCUGCAUCUCCUAUAUUUCUCCUUCUAUUUGCUUUUGCAUUCAGGUUGGAGACUCCAAGUGUUAAACUUUUGGGUAUCAUCUUUGUUAUCUCUGUUGGGAUCCUAUUGACAGUUGCAAAGGAGACAGAAUUUGAGUUUUGGGGAUUUGUUUUUGUUAUGCUUGCUGCUGUUAUGUCUGGGUUUCGCUGGUCCAUGACGCAAAUUCUUCUGCAGAAAGAAGUCUAUGGCUUAAAAAAUCCUCUCACGUUGAUGAGCCAUGUAACCCCAGUGAUGGCAUUGGCGACUUUUCUUCUCUCUCUUAUACUGGAUCCCUGGGACGACUUCAAAACAAGUAGUUACUUUGAUAAUUCCUGGCAUAUAAUUCGAAGUUGCUUGCUAAUGCUUUUUGGUGGAAGCCUGGCAUUCUUCAUGGUUUUGACAGAAUAUAUACUUGUUUCAAUUACUAGUGCCGUCACAGUCACCAUAGCUGGUGUCGUCAAGGAGGCAGUCACCAUAUUGGUUGCGGUUUUUUACUUCCAUGAUAAAUUUACCUGGUUGAAAGGGUUUGGUCUCUUCAUAAUCAUGGUGGGCGUCAGUCUAUUCAAUUGGUACAAAUACCAAAAGCUGCAAAACGGUCAAACUAGUGAAGACGACAUGGUGGUUUCUCCCUCAACAAACAUGGCUGCAAAAUAUGUAAUUCUUGAGGAGAUGGAUGAUCAAGAAAAUGGAUCUUGACUCGUGAGAGCUUCUCUAAUGCAGUCUCAAUCAAGAUCCACCCUUCAAUAUGGGGUCAAAAGGCCAAAAUAAAAUUUUUACUGGACUUGAGUAAGUCCUCCAUGAUACCAUCCGAAAAUAAAAUUUUACCCAAAAAACAGUUCCUGUUUACAAUUUGUUUGCACCUAGGUUAUAACCUCACACACACUGCACGAUUUUUUCCAAAUCUUCCUGUGCAUACUUUAUUACUAAUGUGUCAAUCCUCAUGACUACCUAUUCACCUGAUUAGUCACUUAUAACAUGGACACUAGUUUAAGCCCCAGGAAGCCUUGCUCAUUUGUAUGUUGAACGCAUAAUACAUUCAUCCACGUUAAGAUCUACUGAGACAACUGACUUUCAGGUUUGUUCGUAGAAGUUUGUGAUGACUGCCAGUGGUGUCAAGUUCAUGCUUGGUGCAUUUUUUACACUGCUUCCUCAUCUAUCUCCGGCUGCAUAUAUGGGGGCAUGUGCAAUCUCGAAAUUUCAUUAGGUAAUUUUAGGUCUACAAUCUAUCUGUUGGCUAGCCUAUGGUAAGAAGAAAAGCCUUUUACGGAAAAGUUUCUUGAAGCCUGCUGUUGCGUUCUAUUAUAGUGUUCCCCAAUGAUAGUUUAAAUGUUGAUACAAUAUUUUGUAAAUCUUUUUUUUUUACCAUUUUCAUUCAAAGGAUGAGGAUCUGGUUUACUAGCAUCUCUUUUUGGCUUUUCCUUUUUGUGUGUGUGUGUAGAUGACAUCUAUUUUUCUUUUGUUUUUUCCUUUGUAUUGUCUUACAAUUGUCGCGGUUCUUACAUCGCAUUGAGCUUGUAGUGCAUUAAGUGUUUGUAUCCCCUGUUAAAUUUCUCAUGAUGAUGUUAUUGAUAAUCUGUUUGACUAAAA